GUCACCGAACGUCACCAGGAAAUCCACUGCAACCGAGGCGACAACAUGGCAGAGUACACAGACCCACACGGUGAUGCAGCUGUUGAGGACAUGCCCGAGCUCUCAGACGGUGAUGACGACGCUGAUGAAGAUGAGGAGCAGUGGCAGUGGAUGGAGGAGGACAAUCAGCCAGUCACCUGUUUGUUCUGUGACAGGUUGCUGAGCUCUGUACCUGCCACCUUGCAACACUGCACAGCUGAGCAUCAGGUCAACCUUGUAGAUGUGAUAAGAAAACACACUUUAGAUGACUACGGAUACAUAAAGAUGAUCAAUUUCAUACGAUCAACAAAGUGUGAUGCAUCCUGUCUGACGGGGCUGCCAGAUGCUCCCUUACCCUGGGAGAGCGAAGACUUCCUGCGGCCGGUCCUACAGGAUGACCCCUUGCUGCAGACAGACCCUGAGGAGCUCUGUGGCAAUGAGGGGUCAAGUGGGUCAGGUUGCCCAUUGCCUGGGGCUGGACCCCACAAUGCACUGCUGCAGAGGGCACAGGCUGCUGAGGAGAGAGCCCGUCGGUCAGAGGAGGCGCUGUCCAGAGCUAUGGAUGACCUACACAAACUCAAGCUGCUGGCUCAGGGUUUGGUACUGAAUACAGAAACCAGCAGAUCUGGUAACCUGGGUGCUGUGGCUGAGCUCCGAGAAGAUGAGGACGAGGCCUACUUCAGCUCUUAUGGCCAUUAUGGCAUCCACGAGGAGAUGCUGAAGGAUAAAGUGCGCACAGAGAGUUACCGUGACUUCAUGUACCGCAACCCUGAGGUGUUCAGAGACAAGGUGGUGCUCGACGUGGGCUGUGGGACUGGCAUACUGUCCAUGUUUGCUGCCAGAGCUGGGGCCAAGAAGGUUAUAGCUGUCGACCAAUCGGAAAUCAUCUAUCAAGCCAUGGACAUAGUCAGGUCCAACCAGUUAGAGGACAAGAUCACUCUGAUCAAAGGCCGCAUAGAAGACAUCAAUCUUCCUGUGGAGAAGGUGGACAUCAUCAUCUCAGAAUGGAUGGGUUAUUUCUUGCUGUUUGAGUCAAUGUUAGACUCUGUCCUGCAUGCCAGAGACCUCUACUUGGCUGAUGGUGGCUCAGUCUAUCCAGACCUUUGUAACAUCAGCCUGGCGGCAGUGGGUGACACACAGAAGCAUCAAGACCGCAUUGCAUUCUGGGAUGACGUAUAUGGCUUCAAUAUGGCAUGCAUGAAGAAGGCUGUGGUGCCUGAGGCUGUGGUAGAAGUGGUGAAAGGAGACACACUCAUCUCUGAACCUACAGUCAUACAGACGAUUGACUGUAACAGAGUGUGCCUGUCUGAGCUGGAGUUUGCAUCAGAUUUCUGCUUGAAGAUAACAAACACUACAGAGUGCACGGCAGUUGUCGGCUACUUUGACAUUUUCUUUGACAAAGGCUGCAGCAACAAGGUGAUGUUCUCCACAGGUCCUCAGGUCACAAAGACGCACUGGAAGCAGACUGUCUUCCUACUGGAGCGGCCUAUCUCUGUCCAAGCAGGGGAGGACCUCAAGGGGAAGAUCACCGUGCGUAAAAACAAGAAAGAUCCUCGCUCACUGCUGGUCACCUUUGACCUUCGAGACAAGAAGCUGACUUACAGCCUGCAAUAAGGUCAGCCGUCACGUGAUGAAACAUUCAUGAAAUGUAGGCCACUUUUUAUCGACCCUACAUUCACAGAAUGUCUGAACAGGAUAGAAUUAAAAAGUUGAUUUUGCUGUUUCAAGUGUUAGAAUUGUUUCUGCGCCUUGUAAUAAAAAACAAUGUAUGAAA